UCACACACGCGCGCUCAGAAAGCCUGAGCCCAAGGUGUGCGGGGGACUCCAGGGCACAGGUUCGCAGCGGGGACAGGGGCAGGAGCGGGAGCGGGAGCCAAGGCAGGGGCAGGAGGGAGCCCGAGCCAAGGCAGCGGCAGCUACCGCAGCAGCACCAGCAGCCGGAGCCGGGAGGGAGAGGCGCAGGCGAGGCUCCCCGGGAUGGAGGGUUAAGUCCCGGAGCCGGAGCAGAGUGGAUCUGCACGGGGGGGCCCCGGCAGGCAGGCAGGCAGAGCGAGCCCCGCUCCCUGUCCCAUCCCAUUUCGCGGCCACACACCCCGCCUGACCUCCCCCCCGCCCCCCACCCGGGGGACUCGCCCGCGCUCGCUCGCCCGCUCUCCCUGGCGCUGCGAGGGAGCCCGUGAAUGUCAUUGAGGGCGGAGGGGAGAGUCAGCCGGUGAGCAGCCGCGGAGGCAGCGCUGCCCUAGGAGGGGCAGGAGAAGGAGGACCAGGACCAGGACCCGAGGGGGUGCCGAACUGCCCGCCCGGCCCUGCGCGACAAAGGAGCCCCCUACACACACAUCCCCAGCGGCGCGCCACCCCCUUCGCCAAUGUCCUCGGCCAUCGAGAGGAAGAGCCUGGACCCGUCCGAGAGAUUGGGUCAUCGAUGUCAACGUCCCCAUGUUGCAGAUAGACAAAAGCCUGUCGGAGCUUGCUUGAGCUGGGAAGUUUCUGGAAGGCAGCAGCAGUUUUUCUAUUUCAUUCUAUUUUCACCCUUCUUGGUGGUUGGACUGCUCAAGAGGGAACCAGUGGACGAGGUGCUGCAGAUUCCGCCAUCACUGCUGACAUGUGGUGGCUGCCAGCAAAACAUAGGGGACCGAUACUUCUUGAAGGCCAUCGAUCAGUACUGGCAUGAGGACUGCCUUAGCUGCGACCUUUGCGGGUGCCGCCUGGGGGAAGUGGGGCGUCGCUUGUACUACAAGCUGGGACGAAAGCUCUGCAGGAGAGACUAUCUCAGGCUUUUUGGCCAAGAUGGCCUCUGUGCUUCCUGCGACAAGCGGAUCCGGGCGUACGAGAUGACCAUGCGGGUGAAGGAGAAAGUAUACCACCUGGAAUGUUUCAAAUGUGCAGCCUGUCAGAAGCACUUUUGUGUUGGCGACAGGUACCUCCUCAUCAACUCAGACAUAGUGUGCGAACAGGACAUCUAUGAAUGGACUAAGAUCAAUGGGAUGAUCUAGGCAAGAAGCCAGAGUCUCUGGUCGGUGUUUCGCUGAUGACACAAACCUAUAGUCUCGAUAGGGAGGGGAUGGGGGGGGACCGCUGAGCUAUGCACUCUGGGUAAUAGGGGUGGGGUGGGGUAAUUUCUUUAGGGAUGAAACCAUGGUUCCUUAUCAGGCAGCCCAGCAUAGCAUCAAAGUGAGCUGCACGGGAGCAAGGAGAGCAGAUUGAAACGUGAAGAACAUGCUGACUCUUAGAAAGAAUUGCUAGCGGAAGGCUAUCGGUAAUAACUGACAUUAUUAGCUGAGGUGUGGGGUGGAUGGGUGGGUGGGGGGCAAAUAAUGAGAAGCUAAUGGGAUCUCAUACCUGCAGAUAGUGAGUUAUCCGUAUAAAAAGUCGUUCUGACUUUGACACUCGAAAAGGAGAAAUGUGCAAUUGGUUGGUUUUGUUUCUUCCCUGGGGCUUUUCCAAUAACCCUAUUUAGAUUCCUGUUCUUCACCCAAGGGGGAGGACCAGGGAAGAGAGAGAGAGGGUGUCCAUCCCUGUCUCUUGGCCAUAUUCCCAAGGCCUUCAGCUUUGGACGUACAGGAAACACGUUUGCAUGGGGACAUGUUUCAGUUGGGGAUUGUUCAUUGCAACUUUUAACUACGACACUUCCCUAAAGAUAGAUAAGAUGCUGGCUAACCACUGUUUUUAGACACCUCUGUUCAAGGUGAAGGAUUUCACUGAUUGUUUCUAUACAAAUGUAAAUCUAAGCAGAGUUGUUCAACUAUUUUAUUAUCUUAGAUUAUAUCAAUAAAAUAUUUGUUGUGUGUAGUAAAAUCCUGCAGAUUUAAUAAAAAUGACUGACCGAGA